GUUAUCCACCUGGUUGGCCGGCCCCGACCAACACACCUGUGCCUGCCUUACCUCACGUUGAGGUACUAUUACUGCUACUUACUUCUUACUACUUUGUACUUUUAACGAUUAAUUCCACCUCUUGACUCGAUCAAAAUACUACAAUUACCUGACUUCUACUCUUACGGCUGCUCCUCGAGGAGAUCGGUUCAAGGCCCCGAUAAGUUAACCUAGAGAGUCAAAGCCCACCGCACCGGCCAAGUCCCCAGUCCCCAUUCCUACUCCCAAUUCCAGACAGACGAGUUCUUGUCUUGGCUGCAGCCGCUUACCUUUUUGGCGGCUGCUUUCUGUGCCUUGCCAGCCCUUGGCUCAUAUUUCCUUCUUAUCCCCCUCCCGAUUACCUCCCACAUCGGAUCUAUCCUUCCAGAGCCCAGAUUUGCAAAACCCUUUCCCCCCCCCUUCUCUCUCCCUAGCAUUCAACCACUCCCAACCCCUCCCCCUACAUCAUUCUGCCGACAUUGCCGCUGCUGGCGUUAGCAGCCGCCCAAGUCCCUCCGACCGCAUCCUACCGGCGCCGUUGGCCAUCCUCGGCCGGUUGCCGGACCCGCUCCGGCCUUGCUACUAUACUUGGAGAGAGACAUGGACGGCGGUCGCCACAAUACAAUGCAGACCCGAGCCGCUGGUAACGAUGAGCAGAGAGCUUCCGCCCCCGGUAGGACCAACAUCAUCGCCUCGACAGCCCCUUCUCCCAAUGCCACCAUUGUAGUCUCGGCCCCCUCGUACAACCCUACUGGUCCCCCCCAAUCCGUCUCGCCAUCGCCAGUACCCCCAUCACAGUCGAACCAAACCUCUAAUCCCACAUCAGCCCCGGCUACUCAAAGCCAUGCUGCCACCGCCAGUCUCUACCAGUGCGCUCACUGUCAACGACGCUACUCCCGUCCCGAGCAUCUAGCCCGCCACAUUCAGACGCACACCCUCGGCAAGAGGUUCGCGUGUCAGAUAUGCGGCAAGGCCUUUGCUCGCCAAGAUCUGCUCAAACGCCACGUCGCCAACCACGAGAACGACAACGACCCUAACAAGAAGAGACGUCGCACCGACACGUCCCCUGGUGCCGGUCGCGUCUCUCAUGCCUGUCGACCUUGCGCAACCGCUCGCGUCAAGUGCGAGGAAGUUAAGCCUUGCACCCGAUGCCGUAAUCGCAAUCUGAACUGUGAAUACACGUCCACCGAAGCUGGUUCUGCAGCUGCUAUGCACCUUCUUCACCUGUCUGGGAACCCUCACGCGACAACUUCGACGCCCGGCUCUCUCGCCACCUCCCCUUCCCAGUCUGCCUAUGACAGCAGCCCCUCGGCGGCUUAUCAGCAGCAUCCUCAGCAUGCCAUGCUGCCGCCCAAGCACGAGAAUGGCCCAUUAGGCCCGGCCCAUCACGUCAAGUUGGAAACUGGCCCUCUUUCUACGCAAGAAAACCACGCCAUGGACCGGGCCGGCAACGGGGCAGUCAUGGUGAACUUUGAGAUUGGCAACCCGGGCGUCGACAUGACUUUGCCCUUCUCUGAUUUCCUCCAAAACGUCAUCUACGAGCCAGAAAUGGACGCUUCGAGAAUAACGGAAGCCCAGGGCCUCGCCGUCCUAGACUUUUGCGACAACUCGAAUCUGGAGCUGAACGAGGUGGACUUUGGCCUUCUGGAUCACUGGAACAUGGACGGCAUGGGCAACACCGGAUCGAACCAAAGCUUUACGCCCCGCACCGACGACUCCAUCGACCUGGUCCAGAUGCGACAGACACUGGUCAAGGUCUGGACGGAAUCGCCGUGGCAGUGGGCACCCAACAAGCUCGACUCCGGGUAUGUAGAACACCCAAACUUCUCCGUACCGUCCGACGAUACGAGCAGCGCCGCCUUCCAAGAGAGCCGAAUGAAACACGCGAGAAUCGUUAGGGACAAACUGGAUCAGUCGGGUCGCGACCAGAUUCUGGCGAUUGUCUUGUCGACCUGCAAGAACGACAACAUCAUGAGCCGUGUCGCUUCAUCGUUUCCGUCACUCGAGGUCAUGGACAGCUUGAUCCACAUCUUUCUGGCGUCGCACUUUUGCCAGACGUCGCAAUGGAUUCACCACGGUUCUUUCUCCAUGAAUUCGCAGUGGCCAGAGUGGCUUGCCGUCGCGGCCUCGGCUGGGGCGACCCUCACUCCAGUUCAAACCUUGCGCAAGUUUGGCUUUGCCCUGCAAGAGGCGGUCCGAGUUACCAUUCCGGCAAGGUUCGAGGACGCCAACACGUCGAUCGAAAACAUGGGCUUGGUGCAGACCUUGAUCUUGGGCCAGGACAUCGGUCUGUGGAGCGGCAACCGACGCAAGAUGGAGAUCGCCGAGUGUCAUCUUUUGAUUCCCAUCACAAUGAUGAGAUAUCGCGGUAAAUUCCAGCGAGCAUCGUAUCCCGUCAUCGAAGUCAAUAUGUCAGACGAAGGCGAGAUUCUCGAGAACAAAUGGAAGGUCUGGUGCGAGCGUGAGUCAUGGAAAAGACUUCUUUUCCACUGCUUCGUGCGAGACGCUCAGACCUCCAUGACUGCACUCACUAACCCCUCCAUGUCGUACUCAGAACUCACCUUGCCCCUCCCCGAGGCCAAGGAGCUGUGGUUCGCGAGGUCGGCGGCCGAGUGGAAGAUGCACUAUCUCGAGCGUACCGCUGGGCAAAGCAAGCGCCCUCCGUCGAUCGGCGAUCUUUUUAGAGACAUCGAGCUCCUUGCGACGAAUCGGCAACGGUUGGAUCUGCAGUUCGCAAUCUCGAUAUACCUGCAUGGCUACUGGGCUCUCAUUCUCGAGUACCUCCAGCUUUGUUCCGUCUUGCGCACCCGGACUUGGCUGAACAACUCUGGAGGGAAGUCGGAAGAGAUGCUCCGUUCCAGGCAUGCCGAGCUUUGCAAAGACCUUCAGAGCUUCCUGCUGGUGACAUCCGACUGGCACGAGAUGCUCUCGACCCAGGAGAGCCUGGUGUUGCAUCUUCUCAUGAUGAACCUGCACCUUUCGUUGAACGACCUGCAGCUGUUCUCGGGCAAAGAGGGCGAGGACCAAGCACGCCGAGUGUUUGGCGAUCUUCGCGACUGGUCACAAAGCGCUGAGGCGCGCCAAUCGCUCUGGCACGCGGGUCAAAUUUUGCGCCAAGCCAAAAUGUUCCCGCAGGGCCAUCUAAAGGACUUUUACGCCGUGGCCGUUCACCAUGCAGCGCUGGCGUGCUGGACACACGGCGUGGUUUCAAAGGCCAGCGGUAAGCAGCCGGUUCCGUACGAGCAGGAGAAGGUCUUCCUGGACGGCAACGAGUCGAAUCUAGUGCAUCGCUUCAUUGGGUUCAACCAGGGCCGCCCAGUGAUACUCGGCCCCAUGAGCAGGGCCGGGGCCACCGAGGCGUCUCUCGACGAUCCCAAGGCGUGCAUGGAGGUCGCUCAGGAGAUCCUCCGGGCCAACUUUCGAGAAUCGACGGAUCUCCACCCGCCAAUCGUUGAGAACCUGUGCCUGCUGAUCAAGCAGCUGGGCCACGCUGCUUGGGCAGUGAGCGUGGAAUAAUGAUAUCAUGUCAUUUGUCGUGAGCACAACUGCGCAACUUCUCCCAUUUUUUCUUCUCCUUUUUUCGCAAUGGAGUCUAUAGCGGACGGUGGACAACUGUGUAUACCCCUGUACCAAAAAGCACCUGUUUACGGCGUUGAAAGGGUGUUGCAUUGCAUGCUUUAUUGUCGAAGCAUAACCCCUGGAGUUGUAUUGAGUCUGAG